GAGACAGACGUAUAAAGAAACAUCACAUCUUUAGAGAGUGAGAGAAAGAGUGAAUGCGUGUUUGUGUGCCACAACAAACGUAGAGGAAAAUUUGUAUUUAUGGAUGCAGGAGGUCUUCCAGUGUACCAGAGCGCCAAUCAGGCAGCCGCCCAGCAACAACAACAGCAGCAUCAGCAACAACAGCACCAACAACGUCAACAUCAAUUGAACAUACAAUUGCAGCAACAACAGCACUUACAACAUCAUCAGCAACAAUUGCAACAGCAACAGAGCUUAAGUUUACACUUGCAACAGCAACAACAGUUACAAGCAUCACAGCAACAACACGUACAUAAUGUGCAACAGCAGCAACAGAUACAAGUGCAACAGCAACAACAACAACACCAACAACAGCAGCAACAACAACAGCAGCCACAAAGAUCACCCUUCAAUACAAAUGCUGGUGCAGGCAACCCAAACGCGGGAGGCGGAAUUGGCGGCGGCCUGGGCCCUGGCGGCAACGGAAAUGGCAGCUCUGGCCAAACAAAUCCAAUUAACACGGGCCUAUCACAAGCAGCAGCCGCAGCAGCUGCUGCCGCUGCAGCUCAGCAACAACAAGGUGGCCUCAAUGCUGGGCCCUCACCAAAUGGCAGCCUGCUCGGCAACGAUAUGGUGCCACCCAAACGUCAACAAAUGUUUGAGCGACUGCGACGACGCAUGGAAAACUAUAGACGCCGUCAAACCGAUUGUGUGCCACGCUAUGAACAAACCUUCAGCACUGUGUGCGAGCAGCAGAAUCACGAGACCAGCGCCCUGCAGAAACGUUUUCUGGAGAGCAAAAAUAAACGGACCGCCAAGAAGACGGAAAAGAAACCCACAGAAACGGCCACGACAAUGUUAUCGUCCAAUUUACAAAGCAGUGUACAUGUGCAACAAAAGUUCUUAAAACGACCCGCAGACGAUGCCGACAAUGGUGCUGAAAACUUUGAGCCGCCUCAUAAAUUGCCCAAUAACAAUAAUAAUAACAACAACAACAAUAACAACAAUAAUGGUUCUGAAAAUCUAAAAUUCUCCGUCGAAAUUGUUCAACAAUUGGAAUUCACCACAUCGGCGGCCAAUUCACAACCACAACAGAUAAGCACCAAUGUUACGGUGAAAGCCCUGACCAAUACCUCCGUGAAAAGUGAGCCUGGUGUUAGUACAGCCGGUGGGCCAGGAGGCAGUGGGGGUGGGCAAGGACAGGGCCAAGGUGUUAAUGAUCCGCAGCAACAUAAUGGUAAUAAUAGAGGUGGCGGUGGUGGUAUGCAUAUGGGUAGUGGCGGUGGUCCAAAUACAGCUACAAAUCUAAUGGGUGGCCAUAACAUGAAUGCAGCUCAACAGCAGCAACAACAACAGCAACAACAACAGCAGCAACAACAACAAAAGUCCAAUAUGGGUGGUUUAGGCAAUUUGGUAGAGUGUAAGCGUGAGCCAGAUCAUGAUUUCCCCGAUUUGGCUGGUUUGGAGAAGGAGGGUGGUCCGAAUAGUAAUUUCCCCGGGUUUCCCGAGUUCAUGGGUGACGACACCACCGAGGGCAAUGAAACCUUUAAGGAUCUCAUUAAUGAUUUGCAGGAUUUCAAUCCGGGCUUUUUGGAUGCUCUGGAUGAGAAACCCUUAUUGGAUAUUAAAACAGAAGAUGGUAUUAAGGUGGAACCGCCCAAUGUACAAGAUUUGAUCAACAGUUUAAAUGUGAAAUCCGAAAAUGCCAUGGCUCAGUUUAGUGCAGCCUUCGGAGGACCCAACAAUGGUGGAGGAGGUGGCAUGGGUGGCGGUCCCAUGGGUGGUCCCAACAACGAUCCACAGGGCAUGAAUAAAAUGCGUUCGCAAUUUCAAAAUGGUCCGAAUACAGGACCCAUGUCUGAGCUGUCUUUGGCCGCUCAAACACUCAAACAAAUGGCCGAACAACAUCAGCAUAAAAAUGCCAUGGGUGGCAUGAACUUCCCCAGGCCGCCCAUGCACCAGAGUCAACAAGGUCAAUUAAUGGGUGGCCCGGGACCCAAUGGACGCUACAGUGAUUAUGGCGGUGGUUUUGGGGGUCCCAAUGAUUUCAUGCAAGGUCCCAAUGGCCCGCAACAGCAUCCCCAGCAUCAAAAUCUACCACCACAAUUCCAACAGAAACCAAAUCCUGGUGGCCCCAUGGGCGGCAAUAAUGUUCAGCAGUCUUUCCUUGACAUCAAACAGGAACUCUACUAUUCCUCACAGCAAAGCGAAUUCGAUCUCAAACGUCUUCAGCAUCAACAGCAAAUGCAACAUCAGCAACAGCAGCAGCAGCAACAACAACAGCAGCAGCAGCAACAGCACAUGUCCCAAGCCAAUAUGGCUAAAAUGGGUCCCAAUGGACCGAUGGGUGUGGGCAAUUUUCCUAAACCGAAUGCUCCCGGCCAACAGCAACAAUCUCAAACACAAAAUCCUUCACAACAGCCACAAUACUCGCCCUACAAUUCUCCUAUGGGUCCAGCUGGUGCUGGCAAUCAAAGUCCUGCCGGUCCCAAUUUCAUGCAAGGUCCACCACGUGGUCCGGGCACGGGUCCAAAUCAAGGUGGUCCCUCAAACGUUCCACCCACCAUGUCUCCAGCCCAACAAUCUCAACAACAGCAGCAACAGCCCCAAACAGCCAAUACCAGAGGUCCCAAUCCUCAACAAAAUACUCCAAAUAUGGGUGGCAACAGCAAUCAAGGCAACCAGACAAAUCCAAAUGGUCCCAAUGCUGGCGCCAAUGUAGGUCCCGGCCCCGGCAAUGGUCCCACCUCACAGCAGGGUAACCCGAAUAUGUCGCAGCAGCAGCAACAAACAACUACAACCACAUUGCAAAUGAAACAGACGCAACAGUUGCACAUCAGUCAACAGGGUGGUGCUCACGGCAUACAGGUCUCAGCUGGACAACAUUUACAUCUCAGCGGUGAUAUGAAAAGUAAUGUAUCGGUGGCAGCUCAACAGGGAGUGUUCUUUAAUCAACAACAGCAGCAGCAACAACAACAACAGCAGCAGCAACAAAAUACUCAAAAUUCUCAACAGCAACAGGGUGGCAAUAAUAAUGGUCCCAAUAAUCCACAACAGCAGCAGCAACAACAACCAAAUCAAAAUAUUAAUAACAACAAUGGUGCUUCCGAUGGUGGUUUUAGCAUGUCACAAACCCAAUCCAUGAAUUUCUCACAACAACAGCAGCAACAGCAACAGAAUCCCGGCAACCAACAGCAACAAGUACCACCAAAUAUGAGACAAAGACAAAAUCAAAACCAAAAUCCCUCUAAUACGGCGGCGGGUAAUAAUGGUCCCAAUGGUCCCAACAGUGCACAAGGUGGUCCCAAUGCUGUACCCAAUAAUGCUGGUCUUAUGGGCAAUCAACAGGUGCCGGGCGGUCCCAAUUCUGCGGGUCCUAAUGGCGGUCCUAUGAAUCCUAUGGCUGGACCUGGUGGUCCCAAUGGCCCUAAUGUGUCCGGUCCCAAUGUUCCGGGUAUGGGUGGCCCGAAUGUACCCGGCAUGGGUGGCAUGGGUCCUGGUAUGGGUGGCAAUCCUAAUCAAAUGAUGUCCGCGGCCAAUAUGAAUCCUAACGGUCCCUCCGGUCCCAAUCCCGCCAUGAUGAUGGGUGGUCCUGGUGGACCCAAUGGUCCUCCCAUGAAUAUGAAUCAAGCUAAAUUCCUGCAACAACAACAGAUGAUGCGUGCCCAAGCCAUGCAGCAGCAUGGUAUGGCCGGCUCACGACCCCCGCCACCCGAGUAUAAGGCCACACAGGCUCAACUAAUGCAGGCGCAAAUGAUGCAACAAACUGUGGGCGGUGGUGGACGUUUUCCCAAUGCAGCUGCCCAGGCGGCUGCUAUGCGUAGGAUGACACAACAACCUAUACCACCUUCGGGUCCCAUGAUGCGUCCCCAACAUUCUAUGUAUAUGCAACAUUCCGCAGCCGGUGGUCCCCGUUCUGCUAUGGGACCUUAUGGUGGUCCUAUGGGUCCAGGCGGUCCUCAACGGCCGCCUAAUGUACAAGUAGCUCCGGAUGGUAUGCCCAUUGGUUCCCAGCAAGAAUGGCGUCAUAUGAUGAUGCAGCAGCAACAAAUGGGUUUCGCCGGUGGUCCUGGACCUGGAGGCCCGAUGAGACAAAGUGCCGGAGGUUUUAAUAGUGGUUUUAUGGGUAAUCCUACUAGCGGACCAAUGCCAAAUGGCCCCAACGUUGCGGGUGCUGGCGGUAUGGGUGGUCCCAAUCCCGGCAUGCAAUUGACACCAGCCCAAAUGCAGCAGCAAAUGAUGCGACAACAACAGCUGCAAUCACAACAAAUGAUGGGCGGCCCGAACGGUCCAAAUCCCAAUGCCAUGCAAAUGCAGCAAAUGAUGCAACAGCAAAGCCUACAGCAACAGGCAGGACCACAAGGUCCAGGCGGUCCCAAUGCCAUGAUGACACAAAUGCAAAUGGCCAGCAUGCAUAUGUCACAAACUCAACAGCAAAUAACCAUGCAGCAACAGCAACAAUUCGUGCAGCAAACUACCACCACCACACAUCAACAACAACAGCAAAUGCUACAAAUGUCACAGGGUCCGGGUAAUGUGGCGGGAGGACCCGGUUCAGGACCCAAUGGUCCGGUGCCGGUAGGCAACAAUAACGCUCUAGUGUCCACCUCGUCAGUAUCCGUGUCAGCGGCCUCUGUGGUGGCCACCUCUAGCUCAGCUAAUAAUACCAUUAAUCAAACCAUCAAUUCGGUGGUUGGCAACUCGAAUGAUUUAUGUCUCGAAUUUUUAGAUAAUUUACCCGUGGAUGGUGGUAAUUUUUCAACACAAGAUCUAAUCAAUUCUUUGGAUAAUGACAAUUUCAAUAUACAAGAUAUUUUGCAAUAGACACUCAAUAACUGAUCUUUAAAAGAAAAGUUUUCAGUUUAUUUUUUUAUUGUUUUAUUUGAAAUGAAAUUAAGGAAAAACCAUUUUAUUGUUGAUUUGUUGUUGAUAUUAAUUGAAACUUAAAUUACUUAAAGGAUAUAAGAUUUAGCUAACACGAUUUUCUUUUUUAAUUUCAAGUUUAUACCA